CGGCUUUUGUAUUCGCCUUGUCUGCUGUAGCAGCGCCUUCCUUGCCUGGCCGCCGGCUGAGCCUGAUUCCACCGACGAGGGAGGAUAAAGCCAGGACGAUGCUGGGACUGUCGCUGUUGCUGGGCUUCAGCACCGGUUGGCUCCUGUACUAUUGGGCGCGCGUCCCCAAGCGCCCACUAUUGGUGGCUUGUCAGCCUUUCCGGUCCUUCUUGGAGAAAUAUUGUCCCAUUGUGAAGGAGACGUUCUACCCUACACCAUGGUGCUUUGAGGGUCGGCUUCAGACCAUUGUCCGCGUCUUUAUCAAAUCCUGCCCACUUGUCUCAUACCAUAGUGAACUGCUGCAAACUGCAGAUGGAGGGCAGCUGUUCCUGGACUGGGCUGAUCCUGAGGAUGGAAGUGCUUGCCACCCUGACCCAGAAAAUUGCCCCAUUGUCCUGUUUUUGCCAGGCUUGACAGGCAACAGUCAAGAAACGUAUAUUCUGCAUUUGGUACGCAGCGCUCAGUGCCAGGGCUACAGGGCUGUUGUCUUUAAUAAUCGAGGGUGCCGAGGAGAAGAGCUGCUGACCCACCGGGCUUUCUGUGCCACCAGUACUGAGGACUUGGAGCUGGUGGUGGGUCACAUCAAGCACCAGUUCCCUUGUGCACCAUUGAUGGCAGUUGGCAUUUCUCUUGGCGGGAUCUUGGUGCUCAACUAUCUGGGACAGAAGGGAGAGGAGGCUGGACUGGUGGCUGCCAUGACCUGCUCGGUGAGCUGGGACUCAUUUGAGACAAUCUACUCCCUUGAGCGGCCCCUCAACCAAUUCCUCUUCAACCAGUACCUCACAGCCAACUUGUGCAACUUGAUCAAAAGGCACAGAAAGGUCAUUGAAGAGAGAUUGGAUGUAGACCAUGUACUGAAGGCUCGCAGCAUCCGGGAAUUUGAUGAGCGCUAUACAGCUGUCGUCUUUGGAUACAAGUCAUGCCAGGAGUAUUACCAGGCAGCCAGUCCCUGCCAGAAGGUGUGUCGCAUCCACGUGCCAGUGCUGUGCCUGAACGCUUCAGAUGAUCCCUUCUCCCCUCAACAUGCUAUCCCCAUGGAGAGCGCUCAGCAUGUGCCCACCCUGGCCCUCUUAGUGACUGCACGAGGUGGCCACAUUGGCUUCCUGGAAGGGCUCCUACCUCGCCAUCAGAGCUACAUGGACCGUGUCUUUAUCCAGUUUAUGGAUGCUGUUUUCAAACAUCAAGAGGAACUGGCAACUGUAGUAGCCAUGCAAAGCCAACAGCUUGGACAGAACUUAAAUACAAAGAUAACCAGCACAUGAUCAAGAGCCAAGAUGGUCCUCCUUCCCCAUACAGAGGGAUGGUGUGAAUGUGACCUCCCUUAGAGAGAGGGGACGCCUCUGAGGCAGAACUGAUGGCACUACCAUGCACAGUGUCCCUUCUGUCCUCCUGGGAUACGUGUUUCCUUUCCAACGGACUUCUAGCCAGAAUCUGCUGCUAUAAAUGGCAAGCACAAAUGACCUUGGAGAUCCUGCAAUGACGAUCAGCAGAAUACAGGAUUGUUUUCCUAGUAUUUUGGCAUAUGGCUGUUCCAAGCGAAGGAGCCUUCAGCUGUUCCCUGUUUUAAUACCUCCAUCCUGGAGUGUCCUGUACAGAACAGUUCUGUGUACCUUUCUCUAGGAAAAUAUUUGGCUAAAAUUUUAGGCAAACUGCGGGUGAAAUAGUUGGUUUUAAACUGUUCUUGAGGCCACAUCUUAAAAUGACACUCUGCAAAAAAGGAGGUGGUUACCAGACACUUCAUCCUACAAUUCCCUGCCCCUUUUUCAGCCUGAAUCUUUCCCAACCAGCCUCUGCUGCAGUUGGGAAGGUAACUCGUUCGAUACUUUAAUACCAUUUUCUGGAACUGUUUUUGCCUUGGGGAAUGGUUAAUAGUGUUUGGUCCUUUUCCUCCUCUGAAACAGUCAGCUAUGAAACCUGGAUCAAUCUUAUCCAGGAGAGGGGCUGUUAUUUUGGUUUUGGUAAAGGUAUAGUUCCCUUGGUCAAGCCUGAAUCCUGCUGAUUCGUGGCAACACAGUGGGAGUGGUUUGCCAUUGCCCUCUUCCAGCAUGAUUUUUCAGUUUCCUGGUCUAGCCAACAACUCUGCAAUUUCCUGGUGGUGUCUCAUCCAUGUACCAAUUGAACCUGCCUUACCUUUCCAAGAACAGCCAAUUGUUUAGUUGCUGCCAUCUUCUACAAUAGCUUUUGGUACCUAGACCAAAUCAGUCCAUAUCCAGUAAAAGCAUAUAUUUCUUUUUCCCAAUAAGCUGCAAAACUGGGUUAUUUCAUUAUUAUACAAUUGAAAAGAUCACACAAACAGAAUGAAAUUAUAAAAGCUGGUCAUUUAGCAAAAAAACCCAAAACAAAACAGUUACUGUUCCCCCUGCUUUCAGCUACCAUUUCGGAGACUCAUGGAACAGGAAAAUAGUGCUACUAUAUCGUAAUACAUAUCUCUUGCUCAAGUUCCCCCCAGUCAGGAAAUAUGGUUGCAAGCAAGCAUAGCUAUAGCCUGGAUAUAUGUUCACUGAUUCAACUCUUAAAUAUUGGGCCGGUGAAAGAUCUGCUGCCUAAACCCCUGGAAAUCAUCUGCCUAUCAGCAGACAAAGCCCUGGUACACAGACUACUUGUCUGCAUAACAGACAAUGUUAUGUUCUCUCUGUAGCUUCUGAAUUUUUUAAAGAAACUUCACUCAACCACCAUUAUCAUGGAAAGCCAAGUUAUAUAUUAGGGCAAAUGUAGACUUAAUUGCAGACAGACUGAGUUCACACAUUGUUCUAGGUGAUGACUUCCUGAACUGUUAUUUACCAAGCUACAAUUUUCUAGUUUCAAAUUGUCUAAGAGAAAAACUGAAGAAGCUGUACAGUAUAAUGUGUAAACUAGGGCAAAGAGUGGUGGAACUUUUCACAUGCUCUGAAGGACUCUGAUCUUGCCAAGUUGAGGUUCCCCCAACCUUCUUAUUUUCCCUGCCAUAAAACUUGAUGCAGGAAUGUAUCUGAUAUAUGGAAGAAUUAACUAAAUAAACAUCACCAACCACAUAGAA